AUUCUAUAUUUGAGUUGUUUGGAAUUAUUGCUAUAGUUAACACUAUUACUACUAAUUCUGCUCUUGUUAAUGAUGGUAGACCUGUUGUUUUUCCAUUUAAUUCUUUAAUUAUUUCAUUUGUAAUUUGGUUUAUUAGGACUAUUCCGUAUCCCAUCUGUAGAACAAUUCCAAGUCAUAUGUCCAGUCUGUUCACAAUGAUAGUAAUUAGAUGGAUUAUUAUAACUUCUGAAGCUUUUGCUCUUUUUCCUUUUUCAAUAAUCUUCUACAAUGUUUUGGCAAUAGGUAUAAAAGUUUUCUGUAUUAUUCAUUCUAUUGCGUCUUCACUGUCAUUACUUUUAUUUCAAAAAGAUACAGAUCCUUGUAUACUCAUAGUAUAUCCUAUUAUAGCUUUGAAAUAG